UCAAAUAAGCUCAACGUGAAAUGUGUUGUUUUCUUUACACAAGAUUUGAAGCUUGGGUGUUGACCUUAGCAUCACUUAAGCAAGCAACACAAUACAUAUGUUAAAUAUGGCACAGUCCCGAGGGAAAGUGACGGUCGAGCUGGAACUGAAACGCGAAUAUCCAUCUGACGAUGAAAACCACACUCUAAAUGAUUCCAAUAUUCCUGCACUGCGAGAGUCACCACAACCGCAGGUGCUAGAUUUAUACGAUUUAUUGGAGCCUGAAUCUGACCAGAAAAACUACACUGCGCAGUGGACAGUCAAGGAUGGCAGUGAGGAGGGUGAUGAGAAAUGUCCAAUACAAAUAGGGAGUUUAUGGGGGCCACAAAUGGCACCCUGUGGUCCUAGAUGUGGAAAGAAGUGUUCAGAAAAGAUCCCAUAUGUUAGAAGAAAAGAAAUAUUUGACACAUAUCAGGACAUGUCACACAGCGACAAGUGGACUUUUGUAUCCCACACUAUUACUCAGUCAUUGAAAAAGCGUCUCACAACAGGUGGUCCGAGCAGACGUAGCAAAACAUUUCAGUAUCAUCUAAAUAAUAGCCUUGGGGAUCCACAAGAUGUGUGCAAACCGUUCUAUUUAACAACAUUAGGCUACCACCCAAAAAAUGACAGAGUGAUUGUCAGUGUAAUUGGCAACCCGUCCGCUACCCAGCCUCCUCAAGAUCGCAGAGGACGGCAUCCACCUGCCAAUAAAUUGGAUCUAUCCCUAAUUCGUGAACACAUUGAAUCAUUCAAUCCAACAAUCAGCGCACAUGACCCAAACAGAAGACAUUUACCAAGCAGUGUAAGCAUUAUGAAGAUGUAUAAAGAUUUUAAAAGCAAAAAUACCACCCCCUGUUCAUAUGAAACUUAUAGAAAAGCCAUCAGAGACAUGAAUAUAAGCUUCACAAAACCGGGUGAGGAGGAGAAAUGCAAGCAAGAUAACCACAUGAAGGCUGUCCAACAGUAGCAGGCAAGAUUUGUGUUCCUUGUCAGACUGCCCUACAUGCAAAAGUAGGAGAACAAAUAAGAGCCAACAGAUGUAGACGUCUUUACCAACUGGAUGCUGUGUAAAGCAGGUUUCCAUCCAAUGUGUUGACCUCUUGAAACUUAUAAGGCUGCCAGGAGUUAAGACAGCCGCUUUCACAAAGAGCAUACUAGCCUAUCACUAGACAUUUGUCAAACUUGGUAAAAAGACGGUGUUAAAGAAGAAAAGCAUCUCUGUAAUCUGGCUUGAGGGAAUUGCAGGAAGGAACGCUGCAAAAGCUGACAUCAGCAUAUGUCCACCCAAAGUAUAUUAGCCCCCCAAAAAAGAAAAGAUGCUAUUCUGCUCACUACAAUAACACAGAGUGGUCUUAGUUACCAUAGCCUUUCUGUCAACUCAAACCAGUCUCGCCAUUCUCCGUUGACCUCUCUCAUCAACAAGGCUUUUCCGUCCGCGGAACUGCCGCUCACUGGAUGUUUUUUGUUUUUGGCACCAUUCUGAGUAAACUAGAGACUGUUGUGCGUGAAAUUCCCAGGAGAUCAGUAGUUACAGAAAUACUCAAAAAAGCCCAUCUGGCACCAACAAUCACGCCACGGUUGAAAUCACUGAGAUCAAAUUUUUUCCCCAUUCUGAUUGUUGAUGUGAACAUUAACUAAAGCUCCUCGCCCAUAUCUGCCUUUUAUGCAUUGCACUGCUGCCACAUGAUUGGCUGAUUAGAUAAUCACAUGAAUAAGUAGGUGUACAGGUGUUCCUAAUAAUGUGCUCAGUGAGUGUAUAUUGUACAUCAAGUACACCAACUGUAAAAAGAAUCUGUUCAUUGCUGAAUGAAAUACUGCUUAAAAGUCUGUAAUAUCCAAUAGUAUCAAAUACACUUUUUUUCAAUAAAAUAAUUAUUUAAACAAUUCUGUGUAUUAGUG